GAAAUCUCAAGGCGCUCCUCAAGGCGUUACUUGCGAAAUACCUGUGAGGGAUCUGGAAUCUAAUACCUUGUGACAAACAACACUGCAAAAUGGCAGGCGUUGGAAUAAUAUUUCGCCUUCCCAAUGUAACCACUUUUCUCAUAUUAUUGUCUUCGAUUUCCACAAUAACGACAUCAAAUGAACGAAAGAAUGUCCUAGUAAUUAUUGGAGACGAUGCAGGCUUCGAAACGCAGGUGUACGAUAACAUGGUCUGCAAAACUCCAAAUUUAAACGCUUUGGGGAAACGCAGUGUAAUCUUCAGAAAAGCCUUCACUUCUGUAAGUAGCUGCUCUCCAAGCAGGUCUACUAUUCUAACAGGUCUUCCUCAACAUCAGAAUGGUAUGUAUGGUCUUCACCAGGAUGUUCAUCACUUUAAUUCAUUUGAUGCAGUUAGAAGUUUACCUUUGCUGCUACAAAAGGCAAAUGUAAGAACUGGAAUUAUUGGAAAGAAGCAUGUUGGACCUGAAACAGUUUAUCCAUUUGAAUUUGCUUACACAGAAGAAGGUCAUUCUAUACUUCAAGUUGGCCGCAACAUCACUUACAUUAAAGAACUGACACACACGUUUUUCCAAGGAUCUCAGAAAGACUCACGUCCUUUCUUUUUAUACAUUGGCUUUCAUGAUCCCCAUCGAUGUGGACAUACCCAUCCUGAAUUUGGAAGCUUUUGUGAGAAGUUUGGAAAUGGUGAAACAGGCAUGGGGCUUAUUCCUGACUGGAAGCCAUUACACUACUCACCAGAGGAUGUGAUUGUACCAUAUUUUAUACAAGAUACUCCAGCAGCUAGACAAGACAUUGCCAACCAGUAUACAACAAUUAGUCGCCUUGAUCAGGGCAUUGGGCUUAUCUUAGAGGAGCUUCGGCAGGCAGGCUUUGAAGACAACACCUUAGUCAUAUACAGCUCUGAUAAUGGCAUACCAUUCCCAACUGGUCGAACAAACCUGUUUGAUCCAGGCAUGGCAGAGCCAUACCUUGUAUCAUCACCUUACACCCCUGAACGUUGGGGCCAGGAGAGUGAUGCUAUGGUCAGUCUACUGGAUAUAGUUCCUACAGUUCUGGAUUGGUUUGGACUUGAUUACCCCUCAUACAAGCUGUUGGGACCCAAUCCUGUACAGUUAACAGGGAAGUCAGUGUUACCUAUAUUAAAAAAGGAACCACAAUCUGGUUGGGAUACAGUCUAUGCUAGCCACAACUUACAUGAAGUGACAAUGUAUUAUCCAAUGAGAGUCAUUCGAAGUACAUCCUUUAAACUGAUACAUAACCUCAACUACAAGAUGCCAUUUCCUAUUGAUCAAGACUUCUUUGUCUCACCCACUUAUCAAGAUCUUCUGAAUCGCACAGAGGAGGGUGAGCCAACCAGAUGGUUUCGCACACUUGAUCAGUAUUAUUAUCGACCUCAGUGGGAACUUUAUGAUCUUAAAAGUGACCCAGAGGAGCUGACAAACCUCUAUGGUAAACCUGCCUAUCAGGAUGUUGUCAUGGAGUUACACGGCAAGCUAAGUGCAUGGCAAAAUGAAACAGAUGACCCAUGGAUUUGUUCACCAAGCAGUGUUCUAGAAAACAGAGGAAGAUAUCCCACCACAGGUGUGUGUUUGUCAAUGGACAAUGGCACUUGAUUUAAAAAAAAAAUCUGAAAUUUUUGUACUGGUAAUUUUUGUAGCUAUUUUUGAAAAUUUGACAAAAUUCUCUUCACUGCUUGUUUCAAGAAGGUAAAGAGAUUGAAAGUGAAUUUUUGUUAUGGCUGGGGGACAAUAGUGAAUUGGUUUUUUACAGGAUAAGUUUUGUAAUUAAAUUUUUUACCAAGUAGACCAUAGCUUACUAAAAAGGCUGUCAGUAGUGCUCAAGAAAAUUAUCACAGCAUCGCCACAGCAAUGACUAUCAGUUGGGGAAUAAAAGUGAACCUUGUUUGAAAUUUCACGCAUCUUUCUUAACUGAAAACUGCAAAACUUUUGCCAUUCAUUUCAGCUGAAGUUAUAAAAUUAAUGAUUCUGCAGGACAUGAGCUGACUUUCAUUCAAUCAACUUUAGCUUCUCACAAAUCCUUGUAUUCCCUAUUAACUAAAAUGUGGGGUUGAAACAUGUAUCUUCCUCUCUUGGAGUCAUGCAGGAAUUUUCAUCAAGGUCUGCAAGAUUUGACCCGGAAAACACAACAGGUACCAGCAAUUAAAAAAAAGAAAAAAGAUUGAGGCACAGUUUGUGUGGGAUGUUUCUCCAAUGAUUAGACCCCACCUACAUUAUGUGACUGUUUGAAAAGUUCUAGAACAGAAUUCUUUCACUCAGUGUGAAUUUUGCACAUGGACUUCACAGUUGGCAUCCCCUUGAAGGCUUUGUUGAUUGUCACUUAAGGAACUAUUGUAAGAAUCAUAAUAAUAAGGGGUGUUUUGUCUCUCCCAUCAUAGUGGGAACACUGAAUAUCAAUUUGGACAGAGUACUUAUUAUAGUUUCAGUCAUUACCAAAGAAAAUGAUUGAACUUAAUUGUAUGAUUGUGUCUCAGAUUUUCAAUGUGGUAACGAGAAUGCAAAAUCUAGCAUGAAAUAAAUGCAUUCAUUCGGACAUAAUUAUGCUCCUUCAUUAUAAUGUGACCAGUGAACAUCUCAGCUUCAGUAAUUUGCGAAUGUUGAUCCUCCAAGAAAGCUACCAUCAGUCAAGGAGCUUUCCUAAGCCUGACUUUUCUCCAUCAGAUCUUAACAUCCUUCUGUUUAAGAUUAUAAUACUUAAGGGGCUGGUGGGAAUUAACCUACCAACCCAAUUCCAUUUCCUUGCAAGUUUUUUAAAAGGCCUUUAUACUGACACUCAAGUCUUGCAGAAAGACACUUUCUACCUUAUUGGACAAACCCAAUAAAAUGCUGGAAUUGGCAUUUUAUUUAGGGUGAAUGGAAGUUUCAGUGGUAAUUUCCUUUGGCAGAGGCAAGAACAAGAUCCACCAAAUAUGGUAUGGGCCUGAGAAAUGACAAAGAAGCUCACAUAGCAUAGGGGAUCUGUAGAUGAACUUUACAUGCCCUCCCUCCAGCAUUCCACCUAAACAAAAACUUGUAUCCUUGGUGAACACCCUUUAUGAAAUGAUAAGGAGAUUGGAUUUUAUUCAGCCUCACAAGGGUAUACACAAGUCUGAUUAUCAAAACCCAACUUUGUAUCAACAGCAAUCAUUUUCAUUUGGUGUGAUGACAUUGGAAAUUGCGCCCCCCCCCCUUUCUAAUCAAUUUUGAUUGAUGAUGUUUGUCAAGUGCUCUGUCUUAAAGUUGAAGUAGCAUUUUUACAGAUUUAGAUGGAGUGGACAAUUAGUUUUACCUCUUGAGGGGAAUGUGGUGUUAGUACUGUAAACAAGUAUCUUUUCUGUAUAAUUACAAAGUGUCUUAGUGGAACUUUAAAUGAAGGGUUUUACUAAUCAUCCUCUACGUCGAUCCCUCGAUAUAGGCCCAGUGUACAAUUCACAUGUGUUUUUCAAUAUAGGCCUAGUGUACAAUUCACAUGUGUUUUUCCAAUAUAGGCCCAGUGUACAAAUCACAUGUGUUUUUCAAUAUGGGCCCAGUGUACAAUUCACAUGUGUUUUCCAAUAUAGACCCUGUGUACAAUUCACAUGUGUUUUGCAAUAUAGGCCCAGUGUACAAUUCACAUGUGUUUUUCAAUAUAGGCCCAGUGUACAAUUCACAUGUGUUUUUCAGUCUUCUGAGUGGAAUCCAUCAUUUAUUCCAGACAGUAAAAUAUCUUAUUAAUCUAAAUCAACUACAACAUCAAACAGAAAUUUGAGUGAACCUCACAGUAAAGCCUUUUAUCCUCACUGAGUAUACAGUCCAUGUAAACUUUACAUGAUUCACAACAAGACUUAAACACUCAGGCACAAACUAUAGACACAUAGCAUAAAUAGUCUCACAUCUUUUUCUGACACAAAGAAUGAAGAAAACGAUUCUGUAGAUUCUGAAGAAAAAGAUAAAGAAUGAAGAAAAAGAUUCUGAAGUGAUAAAUUGAAUUCAUAAUAAAUUACACUAAAGGGACAGUGAUGAAUUGCAAACCUUUGAAAUAGCUUUGAGAUUGCAUCUUUUUUUUUUUUCCAUUUUAGGAUUCCAGGGGAAAAAUUGACUUUGAAAUGUAUAAUUUCAUUUCCAUCAUUGUCUUUAGCUGAAACCUUUUCUUCCCUCAAAAUUUAUAGAUCUAAGAUAUGAAAACUUGAUUAAUAUUUUAGGCCUAGCUAAUUUUGACUGGUUUGAUUUUUUCAAAACUUUAAUGCAUGUGUUGAUAAUCUCUGAUGUACUGUGUCAUUCCGCAUUUUCACCUGAAAAUUAAUGGAAAAUGAUUACUUGUUAAGAAAAGCCAAUUAGCUGUUCAUUGAUGAAAUUCUGGGGUAGGAGGAAAUAGAUGAUGAAUUUCUUUACUUUUUCCUGGUGUCAACUGACAGUGCAAACAUUAAUAUCAACUCCAAAGUUUUUACAGCCUAGAAUCACACCAACAUGUUUGACUUUCCUUGUAAGACUUAAGUGUUUGCUUGAAGCAAUGUAAAUACAAAGUUGUGAUCCUCUGUUCUCCUUUCAAAAAUAAUUAUAAAUCAAUUAUUGAAACCUAGUUUCCAUGAUUACCAUUGUUGUGCAAUGUGACAGACAAAAUUAAUGAAGUGUGCAAUCGAAAAAAAAAAAUAUUGAUAGUUUUGCUUUCAUAAAACAAUGUCAUGCAAUUAAGGCGACUGUAAAGUAUUAUUUUUGCCUCAGCUUCCUGAGCAUUUAAGCUUUUUCAAAGCUGCCUUAAUCUUAGAGUACUUCCUCUUUAUGACAUGCAAAUCUAAAAAUAUUUCUAAGCAAUGAACAUGCUUUACUUUUAUCACUAGUGAAUGUUAUGCCUUGACCAUUUUAUUUUGUCAAGAAAGCAGAAAAAUUAGAAGCCACAUCAGUUCUACUUUUUAGUUGAGGAAGAUAACUGCUAAUAGAGAAGAUUGCCAUUUCACCAAAAAUCUAGUACAAAACUUUGCAAGGAGGUUAAAUUAUUAGUGUUAGUCUUCUAACACUAAUAAUUUCAAAAUUCCCUGGGAUUUUUUCCCAACAAUCCCAGUCAACAGUUAAUGAGAAUGUGGGAGCUGAUUACACCUAGGCAAGACAUAAAAGCUUAUACUGACAUAAUUUAAGGGCCACAAUAUUAGUUUAUCUAGACAUGCCCCUCUCUUCUCCUUCUUAUGUACAAUGUGACCUAAUUUAAGUGGUGUAAUUUUGUAUUGUAAGUUUUCUUCCCUUGAAAAUGUUAUAUUUUUUACUUUUAAUUAGCUUUUCACCUUGUAUCUAAUUCUGCUUAGGUUUGGAAAAAUAGAUAAAAUGAAAAAAUAUGAAAACAUUCACGCCAGAUUCUCUAAUGUUGGAAACUUUUCCAUGUGAGAAUACUUAAAAAGCCACAAGCAUAAUGGCUAUUGUGCUAAAAGUGGAAACAAUAUAUCUACCAUCCAUUCAAUGAAACCUCUAGGUUAAAAAGACAAUAAGAAAAAAUUCUCUUCUCCAUGAAGGAAUACUUUCCUUUUGUUAAUUAGAAUUUACCUUGAGGUUUGUUUCAAGAUAAUUACAAAGGAUAAAUAUGCAGAUUUCAAGACAGGCACUUUGGGCAUUGAUUGAUAGUUUCUUUUUUCAAAGCAAUAACAUUUCAAAGCUGUGGGAUAAAAUAUACAUAAGGUAAAUGCAUCUAUUGGGAUUCUUAUCCAUUCAGUGGCAUUCUGUGUCAAGCUUAAUGGUUCCCUGGGAAAUUGCAUCCCUCCCACAUGCUUUUAGCUUGACAUUGUUUACAUUACACCUUUCCAUUUUCCAUAGAAUUGAUGCACAAAAAAAGCCAAUUUCAGCAUAGGGGUUGUUUUUCAUAGGGUAUGUAUCUUUUCCUGUUCCUGCUGCAGGGUGCAAGUACCCCCCUGGCAGAAGAAACUGGAAAUAUCUCAAACAAGUUUAUACAUGACCCCAGGUGAUUAUGAAAAGAAGCUCAUAACUUCCUAAGCCAUGGAAUUGGGUGAUUAUUUAAUUAUGGUGUGACACAGGCUAAGUAGAUGUCUAGUUAAUGCUCUUAGAGGAUUUCGUCAUGUUUACAAAUAUCCCAGGGUAAUGAUUAUCCUAAGGUAUUAUCUUCAUGAUAAUGUUACUUCCUGUGUGUACAACUGCAAUGACAUGUAGAAUGAAUUUCCAAAACGGCUUUUUUAUGAGGUGUUGCUUUUCGAUAUCCAUCAUUCAGCAAAACAAGAUCCAAGUCCUUUAAAAUUUUCACUGCAUCAUGGCUAGAGUGUUAUGUCUGGUUGUUUGAUAUCCACUUCCAUUAUAUUUUACUUUUGGUAUUACAUUGAGAAAACUUCAUCUUAAUAACAAGAGAAAGCUCUCUGUAGAAAAUUUCAUACAAAAAUUUCUAGCCUUCUUCAUGAAAAAUUCUAAAACUUUUAACAUCGGGUGAAAAUAGACCUGGUUGUCUCUUCAGUUGUGAUAUUAUUCAAAGCAGAAUAUACUUAGAUCUCUCACAUCUGACAUAAUUGAUCUUUGACAGCUUUAUUUGAAGCAGCUGUCAUUCUGUUUAAUUUCAACAAUCACAGAACAUUCUGCUUUAAUUCCUCUCUAGUUUGCUUGGACAGUUCAGAAAAUGAAACUCCCACCAUCACAAAAAUCAAAUCUUUAUAGCACUUAAACUGUUCAGAUUUUUAGCUAUCAGUUCAGAAAGGUCCAUAAAUCUUCACUAGCAAUCAAUGUACAUUAUGUUGAGCACACAAAUAAAUGUCAAAAUUUUA